AUGAUAGGAAAAAUAUUAAUAUUUAUUUUCCCACUAAUUUCAUUAUUAUCUUGUGCAGCUACAUUUAAAUAUGAGAAAAGAAUAAAUUCUCAUCCAGAAAAAUUUUUAAAUGCUAUUCAAAAAUUUGCACAUAAUGAUGAAACAAAAGGUUUAGCAUGUACAACAUGUACAGUUGUUGUUGAUACUCUACAAAAAAUGAUUGAAAAUGGAAAAACUGAUAAUGAAAUUGAGAAUUUUUUAAUUAAAACAUGUAAAGAUUUACAAAUUGAACAAGAUUAUGUUUGUAAUCAAUUUAUACAUCAAUUUGCUGAUGAAUUUAUUUUUGUUUUAUCAAAUGCUAUUGUUACACCAGGUGAAAUUUGUGGAGCUUUUAUUAAAGAUUGUGGUGUAUCAGAAAAUCCAUUAAAUGAUUUAUGGCCAUUUAAUGUUCCAGGAAAUAAACCAGCUGUAAAACCAUGGCCAAAAGUAACUAAACCACAAUCUAAAUUACGUGUUCUUCAUUUAACAGAUAUUCAUAUUGAUAGAAAUUAUACAGAAGGGUCUGAAGCUAAUUGUGGAUAUAAUAAAUUAAUAAAUACAGAUGCUUUUUGUUGUAGAAAUUAUCCAGGUGAUAAUGAUGAAGCAAAUGUUAGAACUGUAAGAAAGGAAGGAAGUGUUAAAGCUGGUUAUUGGGGGUCACCAUUUAAAUGUGAUAUACCAUAUAGAACAUUUAUAAAUGCAAUGGAACAUAUUUCUAAAAAUGAUAAAUUUGAUUAUAUUAUUGUUACUGGUGAUUUAGAAUCUCAUGAUAUUUGGGAUUAUACUAGAGCAAGAACAAUGACAAAUGUAUUAAAUAUUACUUCAGUUUUAAAUGAAUAUUUUCCACAUACACCAAUAUAUCAAGCUACUGGUAAUCAUGAAGGUGUUCCAAUGGAUUCUAUGGGUGCACAUACAAUGCCUGAAUACCAAAAACGUGGACCAACAUGGUUAUAUAAUACAUUUGCUCAAGCAUGGAAAAGAGAUUUACCAUCAUCAACACAAAGUGGAAUCAAAUAUAGAGCAAGUUAUUCUUUUAAACCAUUUAGUAAAUUAAAAAUUAUUUCAUUAAAUACAGUGUAUUGUUCACAAAUGAAUUUUUAUAAUUAUUUAAAUCAAUCUGAUCCAGAUGGUACAUUAGAAUGGUUGUCACAAGAAUUAUUAGAUUCUGAAUCUAAUGGAGAAAAAGUACAUAUUAUAAGUCAUAUUCCACCAGGUGUUACAUAUUGCCUUAAAGGAUGGUCAUUUAAUUUUUAUAAACUUGUUGAACGUUUUGAAAAUACAAUUGCUUUUCUUGGUAUGGGUCAUACACAUAAAGAUCAUUUUGAAGUAUAUUAUGAAAAUGCAAAUGUUAAAGGUCGUCCAAUUAAUGUAAAUUGGGUUGCUCCAAGUUUGACAACAUUUGCUGAUUCAAAUCCAUCUUAUAGAGUUUACGAAUUUGAUGGAAAUUACCAUGGAAGUUCUUUCACAGUUCUUGAAGCUGAAACUUAUUAUACUGAUAUAUCUAAAGCAACAGAAUCUUCACCACCUGUAUGGGAACUUGAAUAUAAAUUUACAGAAGAAUAUGGUAUGAAAGAUUUAUCACCAGAUUCAUUUAAUAAAUUAAUUACAAAAUUAGCUAAUGAUGAAAAUUUAUUUAAUAAGUUUUAUACUAACUAUCAUCGUAAAGAAACAUCAUGUAGUUUAGUAUGUAGAACUAAAAUGAUAUGCUCAUUGAAAUCAGCAAGAAGUUACGAUUCAUCAACAUUUUGCUCAUAA